GAAAAUGUAUUGUUGAAAAUAUAUAUAGAACAAGAUAAAUAAUGUAUUGUUGAAAAUAUAUAUAGAACAAGAUAAAUAAUAUAAAAAUAUUUAAAUAAAAUAUAUAUUGAACAAGAUCACUAAAAGAUACCAAACAUUAUCUUCUUCCUGUUUUAGUAAUAUUAACCAAAACGUAACGCUUCAGUAAAAUGUAAAUCUGGAAUAAUAAUUUGUACAUUACUCUGCAUCUAACACUCCACAACUGGAAAUAACUUGUACCUUACCUUCACCAGCACACUGAUUCACUUCCGUUUUCCGUCAACUACUCAACCAGUCAUCAUCACCGCCGGUGCUGACGUCACGGUACUUCCUCCGUCGUAACUUCCUUUCUAUGGCGGUGGCCACCGACAACAUAGCACCUCCGUCACAAUCUAUGGACAAAUCACCGGCAACAAACUCAUCCGACGCUUCAACCGCCGACGAAUCUCCGUCGGCGUUAGGUUCGUCGUCCGUCGGAGUGCCAGAUCCGGUUGAAUAUUCUGAUUUCCCACGCAAAUCUUCUGUACAGCUUGAAUUUCAGCCGUCGUUGAAGAGCGAAGAGUAUCGGCAGCUGUUUCAUCUUCCUUCUGAAGAAGUCCUUAUUCAAGAUUUUAAUUGUGCGUUGCAAGAGAAUUUCAUCCUUCAGGGUCAUAUGUACCUGUUUGUUCAUCACGUAUGCUUUUACUCAAACCUAUUUGGAUUCGAGACAAAGAAAGUAAUAUCUUUUAGUGAAAUUACCUCAUUAAAAAGAGCAAAGACUGCAGGAAUAUUCCCUACAGCCAUAGAACUAAUAGCUUCAGAAAAAAAGUACUUCUUUACAUCGUUCUUAUCGCGUGAUGAAGCCUUUAAGCUUAUUAAUGAUGGUUGGGUGGAACAUGGAAAUGGAAGUAAAGCUAUUUCUGAUCAGCAGGACUCAAGAUCUGAGUCGAUUGAUGAAGAGCCUGAAAUUGUUGUAGUUGAAGAUUCAAAUGAAGCCAGACCGUCAGGAGACGAUUUGGAAACUGCAAACAGAAACACGAGUGACUUCACAGAGGAUCCCAAUGGUACACCUGGCACUGAAACUGAAGUGGCGGUGACGUCUUCAGGAGUGCAAGAUGCAGUGGACGAUGAUGCUGUCCUUGUUCAAAAUACUGAUUGUUCAUCUUCUGGAAAAUCGUUAGCAUGGGAAAUUGAGGAUGCUGAUGCACCUGAAGUCCCACAGGAGUAUACACUGGCUGCUGAAUCUACAUUUCCGAUGAAGGUGGAUGAGUUCUUUAGUUUCUUUUUCUCAGAUGACGCUCUCCCUUUUCUCGAAUCAUAUCACAACAAAUGCGGAGAUAAAGAUCUCAAGUGCACAUCAUGGAAACCCCAUGAACAACUUGGUUAUGCUCGUGAAGUAUCAUUCCAGCAUCCAAUCAAAAUUUAUUUUGGUGCUAGAUUUGGUACUUGCAAUGAAGUACAAAAUUUUCGAGUUUACAGAAACAGUCAUUUGGUUGUGAAGACAUCACAAGUGAUCAAUGAUGUUCCCUAUGGGGACUACUUUUCUGUCGAGGGGUUAUGGGAUGUGGUCGCGGAUUCAAGUAAUAGCUGCACAUUAAGGGUAUAUGUGACUGUGGCAUUCUCCAAGAAAACCAUGUGGAGAGGGAAGAUAGUGACGGCUACGAUUGAAGAGUGCCGGGAUACUUUUGCAGCCUGGAUAGAACUUGCGCAUGCCUUACUAAAACAGAAGACUGUUGCUAAACAAGCCAACAACCUAACCCCUGAGGUAAAUGUAGAAGCACCAGUACGGACCCCGGACCAAUUAGAACCGCCAUGUCAGAAUAGGGGCAUGACAACGACGCAAACCGUUCCACAGACCCAGGAAGUGAACCUGAACCCUGUCAACAACGGAUCUUCAAGCGGUUCUGCCACCGCGGUCUCCUUUCUCAGAGAUUCUGUACCAAAAAUGUUUUCAUCAUUUAAGUAUCAGAAUCAGGUCCCGUUCUUCGUUGUUAUCCUCCUGGCUGUUGUCAUCCUUCUAAUGCAGAUAAGCAUUGUUGUGCUGUUAAUGCGACCACAAACCGUCCAAGUAGUUUCAGACACAGCUUGGAUUAGCAAGGCUCGGAUAGACAGAAGGGCAGAGACGGUUACGUUGCUUAACAAACAGAUGGACCAUCUUAAAGAGGAGAUGCUCAUCGUUGAGACGUUACUAGAAAAAAUGAGACACGAGCAUGAUAUGUUAUCUGUUCAAGUCAAAAAGUUGAUGCUUCAAAAAAGUUAGCAUCUUAAAGAGGUAUAUGACUAUGAAAGUUGACCCAUGUAUGUGUGCAUUCUCAUUUCUUCCCUUGUGUUUUUGGUUUAUAAAUUCAAUAUAUAUGCAGGCGAUAAGUUGUACUAGAGUUGUGAACAUUUUGAAGAGAUGCCCAAAAAUUGUAUAGUCAUGUUGGUUAUUAUGAUUUUCAUUACGUUA